UAACGUUUCCCCUUGACAUUAAAGUCCAAUCUUGCCUGACUCUAGGGGGUGGUGCUCAUCUCUGUUUCUUAGCUGAAGGAGCCAGCAUUUGGCCAUAGACAUUCUCCGUGGUCAUGUGGCCGGCAUGACUAAACACCGAAGUGCACGGAACGCUGUUACAGGCCCACCGAAGUGGUACCUUUUUAUCUACUUGCAUUUGCAUGCUUUCGAACUGCAAGGUUGGCAGGAGCUGGGAUGGAGCAACGGGAACUCACCCUGUUGUGCAGAUUCGAACCAGCGAGCUUUCGAUCAACCAGCACAGCAGUUUAAACCACUGUGCCACCUGCAUCCUGAUGGUGAAUUCUAUAAAACCCACUAUUUUCAGAGCUGAACCUUUGUGGCUGCAUUUUCAACUAGAUUCCAUCCCAUCUAGGGUUUGAUCUGAAAUGCAUAUUUUGGAAUUCCUCUGGGUAGCUGUGGUGGUAGCUAGAAGCCUGCCUGUAGGUUAUACUGAACAGUGAUGAUUUCAUUGCCAUGCCUUGGGACCUGGGUACAUACCCUAUUAUAGUUUCAGGGUCCAGAUGAAGGAUCUUAGUACCAUCAGCCAAAUUUGUUUUACUUAUCAGAGGUGGAUGUGGGUGGUUGGAGUGACCAGAAGAAUUUUAUGGUCCAAAGGCUGCAAAGGGGUCUUCAUCUCUGGAUACACUUUGUAUGUGUGGUGUGUUGGGGGAAGAUGGAAUUAUGGGAACAUAGUUUCUUUUGGCACACUAGUGCAAUGUAAAAGCAGGAAGUAACUGAUAAUCCCUUCCCAAGGUUAGCUUAAUUAGAAUUUGCUGAACUCAUUGCAAAUUUAUAGUUAAAACUUAGAGAACUCCUUUUCAGUGUCUGUCCUGCUUAACCCCCCCCCCCCCAAACUCAGAAUGAACUGCAUUUUUAUUAGGACAGUGUAAAAGGUAUUCAUUAAUCAGCGGCUAAAUUGCAUAAUGAUAAGGUAACUGUUUCCAAAUUCCCACAAUCAAGAAAUUUAUGUAAUCAAUGAAAUAGUCACUUUAAAACACAAAACAAUUAAGCAAAGACUCAUGGGAAAGGCUUGCUUUGAAGGUCAUGUAUUGUUGCAUUUGUUUUAGUCAGUGAUAAAUAGGGCAGGGAAUGUUAAACAUAGUCGGGAAAAGUUAAAUGCUAGGAUAAUUAUAUGCAAUCAAAAAGGACAUUUACAAGACACAGUUGGCAGAUAAAAUGGAGUCUUAGCAUGGUUUACAUUUCUGUAAAGAAAACCUAGAAUGUAUUCACAGAUACUCAGUGCAUCAGAAAUAGAUUUCAUGAAUUUUUAAUAACCUCUGCACUGGGUUCUGAUACCAGCUGAUCCAGAAUUAGCUGUGUGGCAGUAGAGAUGCUCUGUGUACCCACAGCCAAAGCAUGAAAAAGCACUUUUAAAAAUAGAACAUUAGGUGCACGUUCCAUAGGAAAAACUCACUUUCUCCCAUUAUAGAGUCCUUUCCAGCUAACCCUCUAUUAUGUUGUAUAGCUUGCUUAAAAUUCGGUAUGGUUCUGGCUAUUUAUGCAUGUUUCCAUUUUCUGCACUGUGGGUAUGUAUGAAAGUAUCUGACUUUAAGCAUUCGUUUUACUGAGAAAUGAUAUUAAAUAUUUGGAUCAUCUAUAUUUUAACUGGAUUCAGUAUUAAAGCACUUUGGUGCAAGUUUUUCUUCACAGAAAAUAGUCCCCAGUUGAGUUAUUUUAAAAUCCUUGUGAAGGUUCUUGAAAGACUGUGGUAAAAAUUAAUCUUUCCCCACUAUGCUCUUGUUCCAUACAUUUCCAAAAUGAAAUCCUUUCUUAUGGUAACUGAGUUCAUUGAGAGUACCUUUAAGAGAGAGAUAAGAGAUUUUUUUAUAGUUGAUACAAACUGUUUCUCCUAGGGUCCUGGGUUCUGAUGUCAUUCCAUUACCACAUAUUUAUGGAGCGAGAAUGAAAGGAGUUGAGGUUUUCUGCCCACUUGAUCCCCCGCCUCCUUAUGAAACUGUAGUGAGCCAGAUGAGUCAUGAGCAGGAAGGUGCAUUUCAGUUUGCAGAUGUUGCAGGAGUUGUGAAUGCCCCACCAGAACAAAAUAUAUCUGAAGAUGAAGAUGCUGUCAAUUCUUUGACAGGAGAAAGCACCUUACAUCCAGAUCCAAGUUCAGUACUCGUGGGAACCUGUAGGAAUGUCCUCAAGCCUCUCAGAAAAAGAUCAAAAAGUGAUCCUGUGGUGCAUGGCUUUCCAGCCAGAGCUCCAGUGCUAAGUUGUGAAGCUGCUACUCAAACAGAAUUAAAACCAGAACUGGCUACUGUCAUUUUACGGAAGAGUUUAAGAGCAAAGUCUUUGCGCUCAAGGCCUCGGUCUUUGAUAGACUAUAAAUCAUACAUUGAUACUAAGCUGCUUGUGGCAAAGUUCCUGGAACAGUCUUCCAGCAGCAUGACCCCUGAUGUACAUGAAUUAGUAGAAGACAUAAAAUCCGUUUUAAAAUCAGAUGAAGAACAUAUGGAAGAAGCCAUCACCAGUGCCAGCUUCCUUGAGCAGGUAAUGACCCCUGGUCACCCAUCUACAUCAAGAGCCCAUACACUGCCUUUUAGAAGGCACCCAGGACUCUUGCAUUUGGAGAGCUGUGGGGAUGUGAGUACUUUCACUACAGCAGAAACUCGGCUGCUAGAGAGGAGAACCCAGAGGCCAGAGCAUGAGCGACCUCAUAGUCUCAUUGGAGUUGUACGGGAGACAGUGCUCUGAGUUCCUCUCUGAGACCCAACAUCAAAUGCAAUCUGGAUCCAGAUUAAAGUGUGAGUCGACUGGUGGAAGCAGACUUCCUCGCCCCUUCUUCCCAAGGUACAUUAAAUGCUGGGGAAUCCUUAGGUGAGCUGUGGUUCCAGGGGGAGCCAACAAUUGGCUUGACACAAUUCAGGCGUCAUCACUGUGUUUGAGGAAUAUUUUCCUCUUUUGGGACGAAAUGAAUGUGUAUAUGUUGGUAUUUAUGGAAACCAUGCAUUAUUUCUACUUGCUUGGAGACACUUUAUGUCUGUGAUUUCACAUUUGAUGAACAGUACAAUUCCCUACCCCCGCUGUUAAAGGAAGUAUAGGAUAGAAUUAGCCCCAUCUGUAGACUUAAUGAUGUUAAAUGAAGAAACAUUUUCCCCAACUUUUUGCUGCAGAGCAGCAUUCCUUUAUUGGAUAUCAGUGGGAUAAUGCUUUCUUCAGCAGGCCAAGUAGAUCCUGAAACCUAGCUGUUCAGCCAGUUAAUGCAACUAAAAAAAUCCUUAAUUUUCCCAUGAUGAAAUGCAUUACAGUAAAACUAGAGUCAAAACAAAGAUAUACUAUAGUGUUUCUUUAUGCCAUGGGCUGAGCCCAUGGGCUGAGUUUAUAGUUCUUUCUAUAAGCUGCCAAUUGUCCUGUUUUCCUAAAGGAAGUUUAACUACUUGAGGGCUGGGAAAUGGCAGUUGCUAUGCUCAGCUAGUUUCUGUUCCAAACCUAGAGGCACUUUUUCAGAGUUCAGCCCUGAAGAUGAAAGGUUGAAUUAUAUGUAAUGCAGUGGGAGUUUAUUCCAGAGCAACUUUUCUGCCCUCAAAGUAUGUGUGUCUGGCUUCUGAAGCAUUUAAUUAGUCAACAUGAAAGUCUGUGGCCUUUGUGGGAUUUUUAGAACACAGUCCCAAAUUAUACAAUGGCUUAUUUCUAAAUAUGUAAUAGUUUACAGUAGUAUCAUCUGCUUGAAGCUUGUGUAUUACAAAAGCAUGCCUAUGUUGGAAAAUACUCAAGAAUUAAUUGAAGCAAUCACACAAUCUCAAUGGGGAGAGUUGCCUAGUUUUUUUCUUUUUAUAGAUCCCUGUUAAUAUAGUUGAACACAGUUAUGUAUUCCUCUCUCAGAAUCUGGGGAGCUCUUUCCCAGCUAGCUGUAUCUACCUACACUGUAUUCAAAGUCCAGUGAGACUCUUUAUGAGUAGUUCUUCUAUUCCUCAAAAUGAAAACAUUUCAUUUCAGGCAAAGAUUCUCCAGAGGUAGUGAAUUUCCAUGGCAGUACCAUUACACCCAGUCUUUCUUCAUUGAAUUGUUUGGAGCAGGAGCCAAUAUAUAUUAUCUCUUCACCCCCUCUCAUGUUUUACAUAUAUAUAUAUAUGCCUUUCAGAGUAGGAGCCUUUGUGCUUCAUAUAGCAUCUUGGCUAUGGAAUUUAAUGGUAUUUCAACUUACUCAACCUUUUGGGCACAUGCCUGUCAGUGGUUAUCCACAUCAUUUAGCUUUCCAGUGCUUACAGGCCUAGAACACUGAGUGAACACUGCAAGAACCACAUGCUAUAGCUCUUGAGAUGUUGUUGACUUAUAACUCCCAUUGCCGCCAGUCAGCUUAGCCAAAAGUCCACUAGCUGGAGGGUUGAGCGUUAAUCAACCUGCAUGGUUUAAUUUCUCUAAUGUAUAGAAAUUGAUGCACAUUGUUUUAAAAAGUUAUUUGGCAGCUCUUUUUUACUUUUAUUAGAGGAAACUAGUUAGGCCAAUUAGAAAUUAAGCUGCUGUUAAUUUAUACCAAGUGAGGAAAUCUGCCCAGUAGUUUGGAGAACCUAUGGCUGCCCCAAAUUGCUAUACAGGGUAGAGCUGCUGGGAAUGGAAGGGCUGUUUGAAGCCCUGAAAAAUUGUACCCUCAGGUAUUGCAAUAAGGUAGUUAAAAAGCAUCCAUCAAUCCCAUGCAGCCUUUUUAAAAGGCUCAAUGACCACAUGGAGGGUGAAUGUUUUAGGGACACAUGUAACAGGUGUGUGUACAGGAAAGAGCAGGAAGUGACCACUAAUUUCAUUUCUGUUCACUUGCACAAGGUCCCCCUCCCAUUUCUAUCCUGCUACACCAUAGGUUCUUCUCAAACUUUUCUCAAAAUGCAGCUCUCUAGCUGAAAUAAGUGAAAUAGAAGAGGGUUCAUUUGAAUCAAGUUACUUUAUAAUUACUGUAGUGCUAUUUCUCCUAAUAUAGAAAGAAGGAAAAAAAGGAUAGCUAAAGCUCACUGCUUAGAGAAACAUUUGAGAAAAACUUCCCUGAGCCAGUGCACAAAUGAAAACUGAAUCAGAGGUGCUUACCAUAUGCUUUUAGGGGAUAGGUGGCUACUGCUAUUCCCAUCUCCUUGGUGGGAAUGCACAAGUGCAGAAUCCACGUGUAGAAUUACUGUGACCCAUUGAGAAGACCUCUGUAGACAGGCAGGUUGCUUACCUGUAAGUGUCAUUCUUCAAGUGGUCAUCCAUACAUUCACACCAGUGGGCUUGACGUGCAGCACAAGGCCUCAACUGGAAGGAAACUUCCAAAGCUUAUAUGCUGUCUGUGCGAGGUGGCGGACCCGGCUCCUGCCCACUCCAUGGUGCCAAGCUUUGGAAGGUUCUUUCCAGUUGAGGCCUUGCACUGCAUGUCGAGCACAUAGGUAUGUUUGCACGAAGACCAUGAAGCAGCAUUGUUAGAGUAGUAACAAGUAUCCAAAUUAGAAGAUGCGGGUAAUGAUGCAGAAACUUUAAAGUGUGCACUCAUGUAUAUAUUCAGUACCUUAAUGCCAUUUGUCUUGGCCUGUAAACAGACAAUACAUUUUCUUUGCUUACCAUU